CUGGCAGCACGUCCGCAACUACCAAUCCCACGCGGCCUCUCGACUCUCGAUCCUUCUUCCCCCACUUCCAACUUCCAAAAGUCCCCACCGCCCACGCGACGCGAGCCCAGCGGCACCCCCACAGAAGCCAAGCAGCAGCAGCACGGGCGUCGCACGGCACAGCCGAGCUCUAGGCAGGCGCGAGCGCGACGCGGCGGCAGAUGGCGAAGGGGGAGGUCACGAGGGACAUGUGGGGGCAGGAGUACCGCACGGCCUCCGCCGACUGCGCGGCGGCGCUGGACGACUACUACGCGCAGACCAUGGCGUUCGGCCGCCACCGCGGGCGCGCCGUGCUCCGCGCCGCGGACGCCGACCCUGCCUGCGCGCUCGCCUCCGCUCUCGCCGCGCACUUCGUCGCCCCGCGCGACCCGGACAGGGCCGCCGCCUUCCUCGCCGCCGCCGCUGACAGCCUCGGAAAAGCGACGGAGUACGAAAGGGCGGUGUUCCGGACACUCUCUGCGCUGGUGGGCGAGGACAGGGAUGUGGAGCUGGCAAUCGAGCGACACUUUGAGUUGCUCAAGGAAUUCCCCAGGGAUCUCAUGUCCCUGAAGAGAGCGCAGCUCAUCUGCUUCUAUGUUGGGCGGCCGGAUACAUCCCUCAAAUUUGUUCAACAAGUUUUGCCAGAGAACCAGGAUCAGAACUAUAUAUACGGAAUGCUCGCUUUCCCUUUGCUAGAGCUUGGAAGAAUGGAUGAAGCUGAGAGAGCUGCUCGGAAAGGCUUGGCUAUCAACAAGAAUGACUUUUGGUCACAGCAUAAUAUGUGCCAUGUUUUCCAGCAGGAAUGUCGCUUCAGAGAAGCUACUGAAUUCAUGGAAUCAUGUUCUCCAUCAUGGAAGGCAUGCUCAUCAUUUAUGUAUGAAGUUCUCCAAUUUGAUACCCUUUCUUAUGAUGCAAGUAAAAGAGACAGCACAUGUUUUCUACUUCUCUUAGAAAACUGUUUCCUUCUUCCUCAUAGGUUUACCCACAACUGGUGGCAUGUUGCAGUCUGUUACUUAGAAGGAGAAUCCCCUAUUAGGAAAGUUCUGGAGGUAUAUGACCAAAACAUCAUGAAGGAACUCGAGAGAAGUGACUGUGAGGCAGCAGAGGUGUACUUGAAUGCUCUGGGAUUGCUACUCCGUCUGUAUGUGCGCGGUGAGAUAGGUCCUGCGAAAGAGAGAUUAAGAACAUUGCUAGACGAACUUAAGAAUGAGUCCAUUUGGCAUGUGGAGUGGCUCCUUGAUUUGCUUGUAUUAUGGGCAUUAGCAAGUAUGAAUGAAAUCAGAACAGCAGAAAAUUUGUUGGGCUCACUGCGAUCAAGGGUCUCUUCAAUGGACACAAAGAGACAGCAAGCGAUGCAGAAGGCAUUUCAGCUAGCAGAAGCUGUUUUUGAAUAUGGAAAAGGAGAGCACAAGACUGUAUUUGACAUCCUGGGUCCAGACUUCGAUGGGCUUAGCUAUAAAAUGAUUGGUGCAUCAGAUGAACAAGUGGACGUCUUCAAUGAAGUUUGGUACACUGUCCUAAUAAAUGCCAGAGAGACUUCUACAGCAAUUGAGGUGCUUGUCAAACAAAUUAGCAAAAGAGAGGGUGCACCUUUCUUGUGGCGCUUGCUGGAGAAAGCAUACUCAUUGGAGGGCAGAGGUGCAGAUGCUUCAGUGGCGUCCCAAAAGGCAAAUACUCUGCAGGCUGCUUAUUUUCAUUAGCAUCUACACCGGCUGCUUAUUUUCAUUAGCAUACUCAUAUGGAAGGUUGUAUGUACUUGAUAUAUAGUGUACCAGUAUGCUGAACUGGCUGAUGCACAUCAUGUAAGUUUACCCAAUAAAUGAUGAGGUACCGAAUUAGUUUCUGGAAGAUUGAGCCUGUCUGUUAGGAUCACUAUGCAUUGCAGGAAGUCUAUGAUGUUUUUUUUCCUUA